AUGCCUCCUGUCCGGUCACCUCCGGCGCUGCCGCUCGUCGACUACCCUUCCUCCUCUCCACCUCCGGGCAACGGCUCGACGGUGGUCAACGAUUCUUCAUCAGAGAGCAUCGAGCUUGCGACAACUGAUGGCGCCCAAGCUGUGAAUCUAGUCGACAAUAGCGCGGUCGGACAUGGACAGGAUGCUCUGCCGAGCUCUCUCCUCGUACCUCAAGCAGAUAGCAAGGGUGCUCCCAGUAGAAUUGAAGACGUUGUGGUGAUGAUGCGAGAGCUCGAGGAGAUGUCUGGAAGGGCCAGAACGCCGACGGAGCUCUCAGGCGAGGAAGAGGUGGAAGACCUUGAGUCGCUCCACAAGAAAUUGAAGCAGCUGCUCAUGCCCUCCCCCAAGCCAGUCAUUGCCAAGCCUACUGCAGCAGAGACGCAGCCUGUACCGCCCUUCGUCGUUGGCCCUACGUUACAACGCAUCGAGAGUGACCGGAAACGAGACCAUGGUAUUUCACGGAACGUCCUCUAUUAUGCCGCUGCGCUCCAGCUCGAGAAGGCUGGCGUCAAGUGGGAGAUAGCGCAGGCUUGGACCGCCUAUUUGUUCAGUGCUGGUGCAACUGGACAUGAUGCUGUGCGUGAGAAGCAGCAGCUCGUUGAAGAAGCGAAAGCUGAGCUUGAUGCCCUGAUCAAGCAAGUGCUUGAUGAGGAGGCGGCAUACUGGGCGAACCAGGAGAAAGUCCUCCUCCCACGUCGACUCUUAUUGUCCAACAUAUCCGCGGGCGCAGAUGCGGAGGAGGUGGCCUCGUUCCUUUCGGAAUUCAAAUAUGACAUUCAGAACAUCAAGAUGUUAGCACGAGAUCCUCUUUCACGGACCCAGACCGCAUACGUUGAUAUGUAUACCCAGGGCGCGGCCAAGCAGGCUUCCUACAGCAUGGGGUCUAUCUUUGGCUUGAUUGUCAAGAUCCGUCUUGCUGCGGAUGGCGACUGA